AUCAAGCUCCCAGCUCCCAAUCAGCUAGUCAGCAGCAACACUUAUUUAGCAGCCAAUCAUGGCGGUGCUGUCGGUGUUCGCCGCCUUCGACAUGGACGGCGACGGCAAGGUUUCUGUGUCCGAGCUACGGCGCUGCAUGGAGGCGACGCUGGGCGAGGACGUGCCCGAGGAGGAGGCGGCGGUAAUCCUUGCAGCGGUGGACGCGGACGGCGACGGGCUGCUAAACCAAGAAGAGUUCUCGAGACUGGCCGCCGCUGGCACCCAUGAAGAGGACAAUGCCGACAUCAAGCGAAGGUGCCUGAGGGAGGUGUUCGGGAUGUACGCGUCGUCGUCUGCGAAAGACAUGAUUACGCCAGCGAGCUUGAGGCGGACGCUGACCAGGCUGGGGUCGCACGAGCUGCGCGUGGAGGAGUGUAGGGCAAUGAUCUGCAGGUUCGACCUUGACGGCGACGGCAAACUCUCGUUCGACGAGUUCCGGGUCAUGAUGAUGGUCUGAUCACCGACUUGAUCUCUUCUUGGCAUUCUUCUAGAUCACAUACAAUGUUAACUUAAUUCGUUGAUCGAUCACAUAUGUAUGUACAGUCUUGUACUCGUGUUCAUUCAUUCAUUGUUUUGCUCGC